CGGAGCGCUGUGAGGUCACGGAAGCACCGCGGCCCGAUCCUGCGGGCGCUGUUGCUGUCGCUGGUGGUUGCUGUGGUAACAGGGCUCGUGCGGGAGAGGCGUGCCGAGCGGGGAUAGACGGGCCCAGCAUGGAAAGCGCGCUCGAGCCGGUCAGAAAUAAAAAUCAGACUGGAAGAUGGAGAUGUACGAGACCCUUGGCAAAGUGGGAGAGGGGAGUUAUGGAACAGUAGUGAAGUGCAAACACAAGGAAACAGGACAGAUAGUAGCCAUUAAAAUAUUCUAUGAGAAACCAGAAAAAUCUGUCAACAAAAUUGCUAUGAGAGAAAUAAAGUUUCUAAAGCAAUUUCGUCAUGAAAACCUGGUCAACCUGAUAGAAGUAUUUAGACAGAAAAAAAAAAUUCAUUUGGUGUUUGAAUUUAUUGAUCAUACAGUUUUAGAUGAGCUACAACAUUACUGUCACGGACUGGAUAAUAAAAGACUUAGAAAAUACCUCUUCCAGAUCCUUCGAGCAAUUGAUUAUCUCCACAGCAACAAUGUCAUACAUCGUGAUAUCAAACCUGAGAAUAUCUUAGUAUCACAGACGGGAAUUACUAAACUAUGUGAUUUUGGUUUUGCUCGUACAUUAGCUGCUCCUGGUGAUAUUUAUACAGAUUAUGUGGCCACACGAUGGUACAGGGCUCCAGAACUGGUAUUAAAAGACACCACAUAUGGGAAACCUGUGGACAUCUGGGCUUUAGGUUGUAUGAUCAUUGAGAUGGCCACUGGAAAUCCUUAUCUACCCAGCAGCUCUGACCUAGACCUACUCCAUAAAAUUGUGACAAAAGUAGGGAAUUUGACACCUCAUCUUCAGAGUAUUUUUAUAAGGAGUCCAGUUUUUUCAGGGGUGGUCCUUCCGGAAGUUCAGCACCCUAAAAAUGCAAGGAAAAAGUAUCCCACACUCUGUGCAUUACUGGCAGAUAUUGUUCAUGCUUGUUUACAAAUGGAUCCCACUGAUAGGAUCUCAUCUACAGAUCUGCUGCAGCAUGACUAUUUUACUAGAAAUGGAUUUAUUGAAAAAUUCUUACCAGAACUGAAGGCUAAAUUAUUACAAGAAGCAAAGUUAAAUUCUCUUUCAAAACUCAGAGAGAAUAAUAAAGAGAUUGAACUAAUAAAAGAUGAAAAGAGAACUAUUCAUAUUAUUGCCUCUCGGAAUGGUCCAGUGGUUGGGAAGUAUCUGUUCCAGGAUAUUGAAAAGGACAAAAAAUCAAAGGACUUAAAAGUAAAAGGUACAAAAGUGAAAGGAGGGAAACCAGAGAUUCCAGAAAUAAAAAAGAUUGAACAAGAAGAUGCAGUUAAUCAGUGGGCUCCUUCCUCACAGAAUCCUCCCAGUUUUCCUCAAGAGAGUAAACCUACAAUCACUGAGAUAACCACCACUGCAGCAGCUAGCAACGAUCCCAGCGGUGUGAAGGAAGAUCCUCCACUAAUAGCAGUUGGUACAACAAUGCCACCCAUCAAUCCAAAUUGUGGGAACCUUACUACUGCAAAUUUCAAUUCACUCUUCCCACACUCAAAUACAAGGCUACCUGAAAAAGCAAAGAAAAGAAGAAGCCCUUGGCAGUCAGUGGGACAAAUAGGUACAAACAACAGACAGGAUGAUGGGACUCUGGCUCAAACUCAAACAGAAAAAGUCACACUGUAUGAACGAGCUGCUCAGAUGGAUCAAAUGGCCAAUAUGAACCAAAAGAAACGCAGUAUUUCAAAAUCUGAAAAAAAAGACAUCCAUUUCCCAGAACUGCCAGUAACAGCACAACAAAAGGAGCUGAAAGGAAUGGAAGUUAAACAGGUAAAAGUGCUGAAGAGGGAGUCAAAGAAAUCUGAAGUAUCUAAAAUACCAUCUUUACUACACGUGGAUCAGAAUCAAGAAAAACAAGAGAAUACUGGAAGUACACAAAGUGAAAAUAAAACCAAUCUGCCAGAUGUAGAAUAAGCAGUGUAGAAGCAUGAAGCUUGAGAGACUGCAGAAUCACAAAGGUCACUGGAGCAGCUGGAAAAGUUGUUACAUCAUCACUGACUGGAUGAAUCAGGAUUUCCUUUAUUCCUUGGCUUUGUCUUUUUUCCAAACUAUUAGGUCACAAUAAACUGGAGGAGGUGAAGCUCCCUCAUACUAUACAUACAAAGCUGUAGCAUCAAAGUUUGAAGUUUCUAAGUACUGUAACAACAAUUUAGCUAACUGCAGCAAUGGUUUGUAGUGUAUCCUCCACACUGCAAGGAGGGAGAAGAAGCCACUGAGUACCUUAUUAUGAGGACCCUCAUUCUCCUUCUUGUCUUUAUCCUUAGGAGAUAAGGAAGAAAAAUACUUAGUAGUAAAAUAUGUAAAAUUUUAUAGUGAAAAGAAACCAAAUGGAGAAUUAAACAUAACUUAAAGAUAGGUAUUUGGGGCUAAGGGAAAUCUAAAGAAAAGAGUGGAACAUUUAAAAAAGACCCAACAUGUAAACUUUAUUAAAAGUAUCUGUUUCACUUUAUGGCUAUUUAACAUGGUGGCUGUUUAAAUCUAGCAAUUAAAAUAUAAUAUUUAAAUACUACUAACAUUUUUAAAAAGCAGAUUUUAUGGUAGCAAAGCAAUCAAAAUUAGGUUACUUGAGAACAGUUUAAUUGAUUUUUAUUUAAUGUUUGAGGCAUGCAAGAUUAAUAUACCAGGGUCCAUACAAUUUUGCCUUGCUAUUUGCUAUAAGCCAACUAUGCAGCAGUGACACUCUAGCUCUUCUUAAGCGUUGACAGGUUUAAAUGGGAAGUAUUUGACUGACAGGCACUAAUUAUAAUAAAAACAUGUUUUUGUGGGUUGUCUCAGCUGUGAAUGUGAAUUAGCUGUACAGUCCGCCCCCCACAAUGCAGAUUUGUUGUAGGCAAAUGUGUAAUAUCACGAGCGUGUAGCCAGCAGCUUGGAAUUUCUGUUUUAUGUGUGCUGGAUGAUCCUUUGCCACCUCCUCACCAGCACUGAACCAAUACAUUCCCAGAGUGUACCCACCAUUAUACACAGUGCUCACAUAGUGGGGAUAUUUGAAUUUAGAGAUGAGAGACUAUGCUGAGAUUUGAAAGGUUGGGGUGUUAUUACUUAGUGCUAGAUCUCUCAAAUAUCAGCCUUUUCAAACCUCUCCUGCUGCAGGGAACCAUUUCUUACCUUAAAUGUGUUUUGGGGGAUGGGUGUGCAUGGUGUCUAGUAAGCCCAUUGCCACCUAUUCUGGAAAAGGCCUUGGAGUUGGAGGUCAGAUUUGGGAGGAAGAAGUGCGCUUACCACACACCCAACCCCAAUACAGAAGAUGGGCAAACAUUCACCUAGUGUACUCUGAAGAUCCUCAGAAGAAAGGGACUGCAGCUAUGAGGCUCAAAGACAUGGUGCUAGGGGGAGGCUGCAAGAACAAACAGAUAAAGAUUUUCCAGUUACAAUCGCCUAUUGCAUAGAGCGCUGGACUGGGACUCAGGAUACAUAGGUUCUAUUGCUAGUUGUGUCAAGAGCCUGCUGGCUAAUCUUGGACAAGUGACUUUGCUAUGCCAUGCCUCAAUUUCCCCAUCUGUAAAAUGGAGAUACUGACAUCCUUUGUAAAUUGCUAUGAGACUCUGAUGAAAAGGGCUUAUAAGAGCUAGGUAUUAUUAAUUGAAAACAGUCAAUUUCCCCAAAGAGGGCCAAUAGUUGGACUCUUCUGGAAGUGUGUUUGCCCAUCCUUGCAGGAAGAAUAGCAUACGACUAUGUCCACCCUGUAGAGUUAACCAGUGUAACAACAGUGCUAUCAAAUAUCAUAGAUAUAGGCAGGAACUUCCCUCAAGGCAAAAAUGUUCAACUGAGAAUAGAACUGCAUAUGUGUGUAAUAUGAAAGCAACCACUAUAUUCACAAGUAUUUGUUACAUGUAUUGUUGCAGCUACGGGCAUGUUUCUGCUCACAAGUUUACAGAUCAUGAUUUGUCUUUGGAAGACUAACAAAAAAUUAGUGUUCUGAUCCUAAAAGGUGUGAGAUAUUUAUUCCUCUGUGCCAUUCUCUGAGUUUUUCUGCAGAAAGAGUGAACAAAUACACUAGAGUGUUAAUUAAACAGAAAAUAAGUGGGAGAGCCAAGAACAGAACCUUAUGGUCUCCUGACUCCAGUCCAGUGCCCUAUCCACUAGACAACACAGUGUCUGUUGUCUGCCACAAAUGUACUGUAUGAACUUCGACAAUUGUAAAACCUCCCUGUGCUUCAGUUUCUUUUCAUUAUAGGAGUAUUUGGAAAUGUCUUUCAUUAGUGUUUGUAAAGUGCUUGGAGAUCCUUGGAUAGGUGAUGAUAAAUAAGUCCAUCUUAAGACAUGAAAAGUAAUUUUUCUGCUCUACUCCACACUGAUAAGGCCUCAACUCCAGUUUUAUGUCCAGUUCUGGGCAUCACGUUUCAGGAAAGAUGUGGACAAAUCGAAGAAAGCACAGAGGAGAGCAACAAAAAUGAUUAAGAUAUAGAAAACAUGACCUAUGAGGAAAGAUUGAAAAAAAAAAAUGGAUUUGUUCAGUCUUGAGAAGAGAAUACUGAGUGGGGACAUGAUAAUAGUUUAAGUUCAUAAAAGUUUGUUAUUAGGGGAAAGGGAAAAAAUUGUUCUUGUUAACCGCUGAGGAGACAAGAAGCUUAAAUUGCAGCAAGUAAGGUUUAGGUUGCACAGUAGGAAAAACUUCCUGUCAGGAGAGUUAAGCACAGAAACAAAUUGCCUAGGGAGGUUGCGGAAUCUCUGUUGUUGGAGGUUUUUAAGAACAGGUUAAACAGACACCUUGCAGGAAUGUGCUAGUUAUUACAUUGUCCUGCCUUGAGUGCAGGGGACUGGAAUAGAUGACCUCUCAAGGUCCCCUCCACAGUCCUACACUGCUAUGACUUUAUUAAUAGUAUUUUUUUAUUAUUACUCACAUACAGGCAAACUCAGUGUUGUUGAAAACGCAAACAACUUUACCAAUGGCACUAUAGUUGCAUCCACUUAUGCCAGAGGUUAGUUUGUCUCAUUAUCCUCUAUGACCCUCAAAGUCAUUUCCACAGAACAUAAUAGUAAUUUUACAGAUGGAGUUAAAAGGAAAUACAGUUUAAAGCUGCAUAGGGUAUGGGGUUUGUCCCUUUAAUUUCUUUCAUCAUUCAUCAUCGGACCAAAUUAAUUCGUUGUGCAACUUCCAUUGGAAUAAGCGUUAUGGCAGGGCCUAAUUUAGCCCACUGUGGGUCUUUUGUGUUCAGUCUCAUGCCAUUUUUCAUUAGGAUUUCAUCCUUGCCCCAAUGUCUGCAUAUUGGAGGAGUUUCCUUUGUAUGUAGAACACCUUACUGAUCAAUAUUAUACCAGUUAUAGGUGAGUUCCUUGGGAGAUGAGCAUUAUGUCAGCCACAGCUGUAGCUGGGUGAAAUGUAUUGUGAAACAUUUGCUGAAAUCUCACUCUAGCUCAAGAAUUUUUCAGUAGCAUCUAGUGCCCAAAAAACCAUAUCACCGAGGAAUUCCUCAUUUAAUGAAAACAUUACCUGACAUCCAGGAGAACCCAGCACAGUUCCAGUGCUACUUGUGAAAUGCAUGGCUUUAUUUUCAGAUGCUUCCUCCUCUGUUAGCCAUAGAACUUAAAACCCCACCUCAUCUGCAUUUGAGUUAUACAUAAGGCAGCUGCAAUGAGCAUUCAGGAUUGGUAGCCAUCCAACAGUAGCAUCCAGCCAGAACAUGGAGAAGCCCUAUUUGGAUAUUAUUGGUGAACAACCUUCCCACAUACCAUCUUCUUGGGGUAUUGUGAUGACAUGAUUUCAGCUAUGGGCCAGUCUGGCCCUUAGAAGAGAUUUCAUCUUUCUUCUAAAUCCUUUUCUUUCACUCAAGGAGAACUCUGUGCUUCUGAUUAAAGUUUGAACAUUCUUAAA